AUGGACGAGAUCAUCACGAGCGGCUCGGCCGCCGCCACCUCCCUCGGGUUCCAGGCGCAAGACGAUACAAUGGACCUUACCGGCGACAUGGACGACGAACUCGACUAUGGCGAGGAGGAGGAGGAGGAGGAGGAGGAUCCAGCGCCUACACCGAAUGCCGACACGUACUGGGAGUGCAUCAAGUCGGAGUUCGACGAGCGCAAGUUGGUCGACCCCUACUUCGCCACCAUCCACAUGCAGCGCGGCUCGAAGGCCAUGUCGAACCAUUGGGCGAUCAUCCAAAUGGCCUGCAACAAAUGGCAUGGAAUCGUCGAGGAGAUCGCGGCUCGCCUGGAAAGCGGCGCCAACGUCGAGGGUCAGGAUAACAACACCGACCAAGAGUUCAAGUACCUCCACGUGUUCUCCCGGAUCGAGAAGUGCGAGAAGUGGGCGGAUGUCCGGCGCACCCUCGCCAAGGCCAAGGAGACGUAUAAGCCAGACGCGCCCACGCCGGGGGCGGCAGAUGGGCGCCCUGACGGUAACAAACGAGCCAAGAUGGCGAAGGACGCCGCACCGGCUACCGAGCGCCUGCACGCGUCCAUCGAGCAGUGCAUCGCCGACGCCAAGAACCACGUGGCCCAGAGGGAAGAGAAAUCCGAGGCGCGGUGGUCGGUGUUGAUGACGAACAACGCCGUCAAGCUCGACCUACUCCGGACCAACGUCGUCGCGAAGAAGUGGAACACCAACCUGGCAUUCAUGAUGGGGGCGGACAUGUCAACGAUGGACGAGCAGGUCAACGCGUGCGUCGUCUACAAGGGCCGUCACCGCGCCACAGGUCAAACAGUCGCGAUCAAGUUCCUCGGCUCGUCGCCGGACAGCGCCGACGAGCCCGCCGACCCGCGCGAGCUGCUGAGGGAGGCCCGCUUCCUCGAGGCGUGCAGCGGCAACCCUCACGUCGUCGGCUUCCACUGCACCGUGCGGGAUCCCGACACCGGCGAAGAGCGCCGCAUUGUCCACCGCGACAUCAAGCCCGGCAACGUCCUCGUCCUGGAAGGCGGGGAAGUCCUGAAGAUCUGCGACUUCGGACUGGCACCGCGCGCCGGAGAUGCUCAUGGGAAGCCGGACUACGACGCGCUCGCGGACGCGUGGUCGCUCGGCUGCGUCAUGGCGGAGCUCGUCAGCGGCGACAUACUGCUGCGGGGCGUGGACACUGCUCUGAUCGACAUGCCGCACUGCCCCGUGGAGUUCGCUUAUCUCUGGACUAUCUUCGGGGUGCUCGGAACGCCGGACGGUGCAACGUCUGUUGGAAUAAGCCACGGCGUCUGGUGCAGUCGGGCUCGUCGGGUACGUCGGAUGCGCGCGAGACGUACGGGACGCACUGAUGCGGUCGGGCUCGUCGGGCGCGUCAGGUGCGUGCGGGACAUGCGGGACGCAGCGCCGUGGCGAGCAUUCGUGUUGGUGACGCGUGAGUCUGUUCUCGCGUUGGCAUUCACCGUGUAG